AAAAGGGCCAAUUUCCAACACACACCAUCGAUGAGAUAUCUUUUAUCUUUUUCCCAUUUUUUUUUUUUCUAAAGAUUCAUUUAUAAAGGAUUUUUUAGGUAGGAUUUCAUUUUCCUUUCCAACACAACUACCAACACACACACACGACAACGACGUAACAAUGCUGUAUACGGCGGAUACGUACUCACCUAUUGGGUCGCCUCUCCCCGUGCAGGCCAACCGGCCCACUCCCGCUGACGUGCACCGAAUCCUCCAGCGUGUGCAGCCGCGAGCGACAGAUUGUCCGGCCGGUGCACGCUCGCUCCUGUCCCGUUCCCCACCUUCCAACUCGCUGGGCUUCAAGAAACCCACGGCUCCCCAAUAUGAACUCGUCCGCAAAGUCCCGUCACCGCCUGGCACUCCUGCGCCAAAACCCACUAGCCCCGUCGUGUCCGCUCGCUCUCCCGUUCGCAACAGCAAAGGUGACAUUGUCCCCUCCUGCCUCAAAUCAACUCCAGCUGCUCGCCUCACACCAAGAACAACAACAACGUCACUCACUCGUCCCGCAAACGGACUAUCAGAACCAACCACAGCAACCGAAAAGAAAUCAAUCACCUUUGGACAGACGUUGGAGUACGUCUGUCUCUUUGCACGAGGAUCAUUGGCGUCAGACAUUAACGGAUUCGAGCAGUAUGGCGUUCAAGAUACCGGAGACGUGGACGCAGGCUCAUUGUCUGCUUCUUUGGCAUUACGUGAAACGUGGGUUAUAGCCAACAAAAACUCCCCAGCUAUCCCGUCAUUUGGGGCGCAACCCCUUGUGCUCGACAACAUCCAUCUUGAAGAAGGUCGCAUCGUCACUGGAAACGUUCUGGUCCGGAACUUGGACUUCGGCAAGACUGUCGUUAUUCGAUAUACCAUCGACGGAUGGACAUCAACCAAUGACAUAAAGGCUGUAUUCGCCAAUAUUGUCAGCCAAAGCACAAUAGAUUUCUGCGGGAUGGACCGGUUUGUGUUCAAGAUUGACUUGAACAGGGAAUUUGGAACCUCGGCGGUGAAAGGCAAAGUCGACUUUGCUAUUCGAUAUGACGUAAAGGGCGAGUCCUUUUGGGACAAUAACGGAGGGCAGAAUUAUACCGUGGAGCUUUCCAGGCCAACUCAUCAGCAAGUCGGAUUGUCAACAUCGGCAGGCGAAAGCCGGCCAGGAUACACAUGGGAACGACCAGUACCAAACCGAGCUCGAGCCGCACGAAAUGUCAGACCAAGUCCACCACCAGCUGCACCAGUACUCAUUCCGAGUCACAUAUGUUCAGCUGCUGCCGUAAACCCCGACGUAUCUCCUGCCCCAUUUAUUCCUGUCGCUCCACCCACUGGAGUAGCCGCCACCACUUACAUGUCGCUGCCUAUGACUCCUGCUCAGCGCCGCGAGUCGCGGCGUGCUGUCGCAUUGGCAAAGACGAGCACUCUGGCCGAUCCUAACGCAAAAUACUCUCCACCUGCCGCCGAAUCGGUUCCCAUUCCCAUCAACGCCACCCGUCGCUCGCCAUCACCGACCUCGUUUUCCGAUGCAAUAGAAAUGCCGUUUUCCACGUCACCUCUAGAGGCGAUGGCCCAAGUUGGCCGCCAAGUCUACCGUGGAUCACGGUUGUACGCAGACAGUGACUCUUUUGGAAUACCCUCCUUGGGUUGCUCCCCACCGUCAGCAUUCGCCGCCUGCAGAGCGUAAGCAUCUAGCAUACCCAGCUUCUCAUAUAGAUGGAGAGAAUCACUCGUCCGCGAGGAUGCAUCUCAUAACCUUCCAUCCACUCGAGUCUCGCCGCUACCGUGAGGCCCUGAAACAACGUACUAUUUGGAUCUGAUUCAUUUAUUAUUCGCUUCCUGUACCAUACUUGUGUGUUCUUUUGUGUGUUUGGGGAGCCCAGAGACUUUUUGCUUUUAUAGUCUUCUUUGUUGUUUUGUGUAUAGACCGACUCUUGACCUAGUUCAUGAACAUACCCGCACCCUAUUGGUGCAAAAAUACAUUUGAGCUCCGCCUUUUGGCAACUACUAGCGAG